AUGAAAAGUAGUAAAAAGACCUUAACAAAUUUUUGGAAAGAUCCAUCUACAGGUAAUCUUGUAUCACCCUCACCAUCAUCAAUUAAUGGUGGCGCAUCAUCUAGUGGCGGUGGUGGUUCCACUAUAUCACCUACCAAAUUAGCAAAAGAAGGUCCUGUAUUUGGUGUACCAUUAAAUGAUAUCUUUAAAAGAAAUUCAACAAAUGUUCACAAUGUACCAAAUGUUAUUUGGCAUAUCUCUUCAAAUAUUAGACAGUCAGCUAUGGAUGUUGAAGGUUUAUUUAGAAUACCGGGCUCAAAUACAACAUUACAACUUUUAAAAAAGAAUUAUAAUGAAGGUAAAAUAGGUACAAAAGAUGACUUAAAUGAUAAAUGUGAUGAUAUUCAUACACAAGCAAGUUUAUUGAAAUUAUUUAUUAGAGAAUUACCUGAUCCAUUAUUCACAUUUUCUUUAUAUGAUUCAUUUAUAAAAUCACAUGGUUCAAAAGAUAAAUCAAUUAGAGUUGGUUCUUUAAAGAUGUUAUUAGGUCAGUUACCAAUUGCCCAUUUUUCAUUAUUAAAAUUUUUAGCUGAAUUACUAAGAGAAGUUUCAACACAUUCAGUAAAUAAUAGAAUGACUUCAACUAAUUUAGCAAUUGUCUUUGGUCCAACAGUUAUGAGACCUCAAACUGAAGAUAUAGUCAAAAUGAUUGAAGAUGCUAGACAUAUUAAUGGUAUAUUUUUAUUAAUUAUAGAUGAAUAUGAAUUUUUAUUUAAUGUAAUGUAUAUAAAUAGAAAUAGAAAUAUAAAUAUAAAUAUAUAUUUAUGGAAAUCCAAAAAAAAUCCAAAAAUCUCUUUCCAGUUUUGGAAUUUUUUAUUUUUCAUUUUGGUUUUUUUUUUUGAACAACCAACAUUUGCAAAUAAUCCAAGUCCAAAUACGUCAAGGAAUAAUCUUAAUAGUUCAGUUAGACAAUCACCAAAUAAAGGUUUUGUAUCAUCAAAUCCAAAUAGAAAGGCGUCAAAAUUUGAAUUCAGUGUCGUUGAUGAUGUUGAAAAUAAUAGUAACGAUAUUAAUAACAAUAUUAAAUUAAAUACUAAUAAUAAUAACAAUAGUGGGAAAUCACAACAACAACUAUUACAACAAUUACAAAUGCAACAACUUUUAUCAAUUUCUCCAAAUUCUAGUGUUAUUGGGAUUAAUCAACAAAAUGCCAAUAAUAAUAGCGGUAAUAAUAAUAAUAAUAAUAAUAAUAAUAAUAGUUCAAACAAUCAAAAUAAAUUUUCAAUUCUUUUACCUGUUAAUAAUCAUCCACAACCAACAUUAUUAGCACCAUCUUCGCCAUCAUCUUCAAUUUAUGGUAGAAAUAAUAGUAAUGGUAUUAAUAAUGGUGCAACUUCACCAUUACCGCCAGCAUCACCACGAUCAUCAUUAACAUUAUUGGAUAUGAACCAUUUGAAUUGUGGUGUCAAUGAUUAUAGUGGAGGUUAUAAUAAUAAUAUAAAUAAUAGCAUUGGUAAUAAUGAAUUGAUUAGAGGUCUAAUAAAGAAAACAUGUUCAAUUUUAUUUGAUAAGGAAUUAACAUCAUUAACUGAUGGUUUUGAGAUUACAAAAGAUGAAACUUUUAUACCGGCAUUCGAUACAUCAAAUAUAAAUAAUCAUCAUUCUUCACCAACUUCAAAUAGUGUCAACAACAAUAAUAGCAAUAACAAUAACAACAAUAACAAUAGUAGUAAUAAUAAUAAUAAUACAUUAAACUCUGACAUUUCACAAAUUUCACCACGUUUCUCAAGAGCCAAUGAAAUCUCAUCAGCUUCAAACUCUUCAACUUCUUCACCUCAAUUACGUUCACUCUUAAAAUCUCAUGUAAAUAAUAAUUUAAAUAAUUUAAAUAAUUUACCAAAUCUUUUAGGUAAUUUACAAGCUCAACAACAACAACAACAACAACAACAACAACAACAACAACAACAACAACAACAACAACAACAACAACAACAACAACAACAACAACAACAACAACAACAACAAUUAAAAAAUCAAUCCGACGAAAACAAUAAUGUAACAAUAAAUAAUAGUAAUAAUAAUAAUAAUACGCCAACUUCUCCAGUUUUAAAUAUAAUAAAUAAUGCACCAAUAACAAUACCCUCUUCACCACCACUCAACACUGUAACAUCUAAUUUAUCACCAUCCACGCCAUAUAAUGAAUCGAAUAAUAACAAUAUUAAUAAUAAUAAUAAUAAUAAUAAUAAUAAUAAUAAUAAUAAUAAUAAUAAUAAUAAUAAUAAUAAUAAUAAUAAUAUAAAUAGUAAUAGUAAUAACAAUCCUUUAGAUAUUGCAUUUUCACAUUUAGAAAAAGUUAGAAAAGAAGGAAAGAGAAAUUCUGAUAUUAAUUUGAUGAGUAUCGAUGAAUUAAAUGAAGAGAAAUCAGCAAUAAAGAAGGAAUUACGUGAUUUUGAUACAAACUUUAAACGACAAUAUGGUCAAUUACCAAGAAAGAAUGAUAAAGAAAUUAUGAGACCAUUAUAUAUUAGAUAUAGAGAAGUUAAAUCAUUAAUAGAUUUAAAGUCACCACAAUCUGUAACUUCGACUCUAUCAAAUUCUUCUUCUUUACCUUCAACUCCAAUUUCAUUAUCAUCUUCAAAUUCUUUAAAUAAAUCGCAACCAUCAAAUAAUAAUAAUAAUAAUAAUAAUAAUAAUAAUAAUAAUAAUAAUGCCAAUAAUACCAAUACCAAUAAUUCCAAUAAUAAUAAUAAUAAUAAUAAUAAUAAUAAUAAUAAUAAUAUUAAUAACAAUUCAAAUACUGCUAAUAUGAGUAAUUCAACAUCAACAUUAAGUUCAUCUGGUCAACAUCAAUUAGAAAGAGCAAACUCAAGUUCCUCAAUAACGAGUGCUGCUGGUAUUGGUGGUGGAAGUAAUUCAAAAUCUUCAACCUCUCCACCAAAUGUUGUAUCUCCUUAUAUUUCACCAAGUACCUCUUUCAAUUCGUUAACUGAAUUAUCAAAUCAUCAAAAUAAUAAUAAUAGUAACAAUAAUAAUAAUAACAACAAUAACAUUGAUACUUCUGCACCAAUGAUUGUUGACUCACAUCAAUAUAAUAGUGGUAAUAGUAAUAGUAAUAGUAAUAGUAAUAGUAAUAGUAAUAGUAGUAGUAAAUCCUCUUCACCAAAUAUAACAGAUUUUACAAAACUUUCAUUAAAUGAAUUAAAAGAUAGAUACAUAAAGGUUAAAGGAGAAAAGAGAUCAUUGCAAAUUGAUUUACACAGAUAUCAAUCUGAGUUCACUAAAAAGCAUGGUAGAAAAGUUCAAUUUGUUGAAGACAGAGUGCCUGUCCAAGCAGAAUAUGAAAAAUAUAAAGAGUUAAAAAUUGAAAUUGUUGCUCUCGAAAAUAUCUUGGUAUUAAUCAACAACAACCACAACCACAACCACAACCACAACCACAACCACAACAACAACAACAACAACAACAACAACAACAACAACAACAACAACAACAACCACACCACUCUUUAUCAUCUUUAA